AUGUAAAGCCAGAUCAUGCCUCAAAACGAACACAUAGAGUUAGCACAAAAGCGACAUGGUCGCCGGUUUGAUCACGAAGAGAAGCUCCGUAAGAAGAACGCCAGGUCAUGCAGACUCACGUCCAUGAAAGCAAAGAAACUGCACGGCUUAAAAGCGAAACUGUACAACAAGAAGCGACACUCGGAGAAGGUACAGAUGAAGAAAGCAAUAAAGAUGCACGAAGAGAAGCAGACUAAAGCUAAGGAUGCUGAUAAUGUAGAGGAGGGAGCAGUACCCGCCUAUCUGCUGGAUCGUGAAACUCAGACACGUGCUAAGGUUCUUAGUAACAUGGUCAAACAGAAACGGAAAGAGAAAGCCGGCAAGUGGACGGUUCCCAUACCGAAAGUGAAAGCGCUCGGUGAAGAUGAAGUGUUUAAAGUUCUUGCAACGGGCAAAAGGAGGAAGAAGACUUGGAAACGAAUGGUAACAAAAGUAACGUAUGUUGGAGAAGAAUUCACGAGAAAACCACCAAAAUACGAGAGAUUUAUCAGACCCAUGGGUCUACGUUUCAAAAAGGCCCACGUGACCCAUCCAGAACUUAAAGCCACAUUUUGUUUACCAAUAAUCGGAGUAAAGAAAAACCCAAACAGUCCCAUGUACACCCAGCUGGGAGUUAUCACUAAAGGUACCGUGAUUGAAGUUAACGUUUCAGAAUUAGGACUUGUUACUACGGGAGGUAAAGUUGUGUGGGGUAAAUAUGCCCAGGUUACUAACCAUCCUGAAAAUGAUGGGUGUAUCAAUGCGGUUCUGCUGGUUUAGAAGUUUCUAACUCUUUUUGUGUGGGAAAUCUGAGAGUAAUUUAUUAGUUCUGUUUAUUUACCGGGAUUUACUUUAAAUCCAUGACAAGACCUCCGGUUUUGCUUUAUCCUUGUUUGGGUUUAUGCUUAAUUUUAAAUUU